AUGUUCCCACAGGUCACGUGUCCUGGGCGAGUUACUCUCCCAGAAAGUUCCUGCAGCUGUGGCUGUGCAUUUCUGGGCGAGUCGCCCAGAACAUUCCCAUGGGGGGAAGAAUGGGGGGAAUGGGGAAAUGUUGGGAGAGGGGAAGGGUGUCUGAGGAUCAAAAACUUGAACGAAUCAGAUGGUCCUGAGACUCUGAAGCAGAUUAAAGAGAUCAUUGGCAACCACCAGACAAGAGAUGGUGGUGAUGCCAUCUUAUACAAGAUCUUGGCAGCCCUCCAGGCAGUCUAUAAGCUGAACUCUCUCCUGCUAUCACCUGAUGCCCUCAAAACAUCUGUCAUGGGUGUCUUUCUAGAAUCAGCGGAAUCACUAUGCUGGUGUCACAUACAGCCAGACACACAGCCAGUAAAAAUCUCUCAUUUCAAUUCCAUCCUUCACAUCGCCUCUCAGAGCAUCCCCCCCUAUCUUCUUGCCACAUCAAUCGUGUCACCCGCUAUGGAGUCCUUUGAGAGUGGAGAUCCUGUUGCAGCAAGACUGAUAGCAUUCAGGGGCCAAGAAGCGAUCAAGGGGAGGCAUUCCAUCGUCCUGACAAUUCUGAAGGAGACCAAAUUGCAUGUCACCUCCCUUAUUUGGCUCCCGUGGGAAAGUCCAGACAUGGAGUGUGAUACUGUGAUGUCAAGGCUCCUCCCAGGCUACCUGACUGGUUUUCUUGAUCCAUGCUGUGGGGAUAGCCAGUGGAUGUGA